AGCUAACAAAUUACAUACACUAAGCAUUAAGUAAGUGUACUAGCUGCAUCAUCAUUCGGUUCAGUACAACUCCACGGUCACAUUUUGAUAUGAAAUAUGUUUUGUAAAACAGAAGCUUCCAAAAAGACCGAACUACUUGAGAAGGCUAAGGCGUCCAGAAAUGAAAGGGCUCAGCACAAGCAAAGAGAACAGGCCUCCGUGAAAAUCCAGGCAGUGGUACGGGGGUUUCUGUGUAGGCGGAGGUAUCGGCGGUGGAUGCUGGAGAGCCUGGAUUCCAUCCUGGAGGCAUCCUGUGUAUCUUCGUCAGCUUCUCCAUCAUCACCGCAGCCAGUACAGUCCCAAACUGCUACCAAACAACAGUUCAGAUCUGCCCAGGAUGUCUUCCCAGCUGUCCGUAAAUUCCUCAUGGUGUAUGUGGACGACCUGGACAGGCAGAGGUUUGAGAAACUGUGUCGCUACAUACUAGCUGGCAUGGACAAAGGGGACCCAAAGGUCUGGUAUGUGUCCCUUGCAUUGUCCAAGGAUCAUGUGUUGCCAUGGAUCAGACAGCUGAAGUCUAUUCUGGAUCUGUGCUGCACAAAGCUGAGACGGCUCAAGCCUGAAUCACCUGUUGAUGCCAAGAUCAUCACCCUUUAUCUCCACAUGCUGGUCACGUUUACCGAUACCACGACAUGGAAGAUUCUCAAAGUGCAAGGAGCGGAGGCCCUAAGGCCUAGCCUCAACCAGCUGUGCUCUAAUGUCAUGGGUUACCUCAACAGCCACGGUCUGUUCCCCAUGCUGCAACAGUUGCUGGUGGAGGGUGUGGCCCGAAAGAAACCUUGCCUGUCAAACACAAUGCUAUCUGCUCUCUUCACCAUUGCCUUGCGGCCUGUUAUUGCUAGUAAAUACUCUGAUAAUUUGGCUAGCCUGUUCCACCUGUAUGUGCUAUCAGUGCCAGCCAUGGUACUACAUCUUGCCUCCACCGCACCCAAGUGCAUUGAGUCCAUCAAGAAACACAACCUCUUCAAGCAGAGUCUGGACUUUCUUGCCAAGGAACAGAACACAAAAAUCAUCUUCAAUGUCCUGGAGGGCAACUAUGCACUCUGCCUACUGGCCAACCUAGUACACUUGGGCCAACUGGAACAGCAGGUUCUGUCCAGCAAUGUUCAAACUUUUACUCGAGUGACUGUGUCCCUACUCACUCAUUGCCAGAGCUACGUUGGGAAGAAGAUGUCGCUCACCACUCAGUGGCACCCAGUUCUCGGCUGGUUUUCUCAGCCCACGGACCACAGGUUACAUGAAGCCAUGGUCUAUGUAGUGAAGCAGUUGAAUAUGCUGUGGGACCAGCAGAUAUUGCAGUUAGUGUUUCUUGACAUCCUGAAGGCGGCGCCCGAACCUGAUUCGUCAGCCAAAUCACCCACAUCUUCUGCAAAGACCCAGUCCAAAGGGGGUAGUUUCUUGAAGCGGCUACAGAGGACCACCUCUAAGCUGGGGACACAGAAGGGAGGCAAGAGCCUGCAAUCGGCCGAGGUCAUCGCUGUCUGUAACGUGUGCGACAUGUACCAGACUGCCAUCGCUACGCUGAUAGAACUCAGACGAGACAUCCUGACGGGUUUGAGCUAUCGCGACCUCCUGCUGCCGAGACUUUGGCACUUCAUUGCCGAGCUGGGACCCCACGGCGGUCUCAAGCUGUUCCAGGAAUGCCUGUGCUCUGUGGAUUCCCACAACAUCCUGUCGGUGCUGGUCCUCUUCUGUGAUGUGGCCAGCUACUUGAUCCCGAUUCUGGAUGACAUUGAGUUCUACGACCAGCAGAUUCCAUUCCAUCAGGAUGACCUGGUCGCCGUCACCGCAUUUCUCAACGCUUUUGUCUUCAAGAUGAUUUGGGAGCAUGGCGUAGGCGGCACGGUGAAGCAGGCCAGCCUGUUCAACUCCACACAUUCCCUGCUACACCUCCUGUACGACAGGGACUGCCGACGGCAGUUUGCCCCAUCCAACCACUGGCUGAUCAAGGACCUCAAGCUGACCACAUUCAGGGCAGAGCUAGAGAAGGGCAGUAAGAGAACCACGCUCAUCCUGCAGAAGAUGCCGCACGUCAUCCCCCACAGAGAGCGUGUAAUGUUGUUUCGCAAGAGGGUGGCCGAGGAAAAGAAAGCACUCGGCUUCACCGAGACAGCCAGUCACUCACCACACUCAACACUCAUUACAGUCCAUCGGACCAGACUAGUAGAGGAUGGGUACCAACUACUGGCUGGUCUCCCAGCCCAGACAUUAAAGGGGCUUAUCAGGGUCAGGUUCGUCAAUAUGCAGGGGUUAGAUGAGGCUGGCAUAGAUCAGGAUGGUGUCUUCAAAGAGUUUCUAGAAGAGAUCAUCAAAACUGUCUUCAACCCAACACUCAACUUGUUCAAGACCACCAGUGAUCAGCACCUGUACCCCAGUCCAACCUCCUACAUCAAUGAGAACCAUCUGGGCCUCUUUGAGUUUGUCGGCAAGAUGCUUGCCAAAGCUGUUUAUGAGGGUAUUGUUGUGGAGGUGCCCUUUGCAUCGUUCUUCCUCAGUCAGAUGUUGGAGCAGCAGCAUAAUCAGCUCUACAGCCCCAUCGACGAGCUGCCCUCCAUGGAUGCUGAACUCUACAAGAACCUCACCUACGUCAAGCACUAUGAGGGAGACAUCUCAGACCUCGACCUGGUCUUUUCGUACGACGAAGAUGUGAUGGGCAAAAUCCACACACAUGAACUGGUAGCUGGAGGCAAAGCAGUGGCCGUCACCAAUGAGAACAAGAUCAGCUACAUCCACCUCAUGGCUCACCACAGACUGUACCGACAGAUCUUGGACCAGACCAAGGCCUUCAAGAGGGGCUUCCGGUCCAUCAUCAACCCGGAGUGGUUGUCGUGGUUCUCAGGGCCAGAGCUGCAGAGGCUCAUCUCAGGCGACAAUGCUGAGAUUGACUUAUCCGACCUCAGGAAACACACUCAGUACUAUGGAGGCUUUCACAACUCUCACCGAGUCAUCAACUGGCUGUUUGAUGUGCUGGCCAAUGAAUUCACAGCCCAAGAGAGGGCCCAGUUCCUCAAGUUUGUCACAAGCUGUUCAAAGCCACCUCUCCUGGGCUUUGCACACCUAGAACCACCCUUCUCAAUACGCUGUGUUGAAGUCAGUGAUGACCAGGAUACUGGUGAUACUGUCGGCAGCGUCCUGCGCGGAUUCCUGCGCAUCCAGAAGAGGGACCCAGUCGGCCGUCUCCCGACUUCCUCUACCUGCUUCAACCUUCUGAAGUUGCCCAACUACCAGAAGAAAGCCACGCUCAAGGAGAAGCUGCGCUAUGCCAUCACCAGCAACACAGGCUUUGAGUUGUCCUAGCUCAAGACACCUCUGUUGCCGCUGUUGUGGUGAAACUGAGAAAAGCUUUGUUCCCUUAACCACUUCGCGCCAGGUGGAGUUAGUGGCACGCGUGAUGUGCUGCCAGACAAUUUUUUCAUGAUUUUCUGGUUUCAAAAUUCUUCAAAAAUUUGUAUCAUAUACUGGACACGUACACCCGAACGAAUGACUGCCUUGUGGUAAGUCUUAUCUGACAGGCAACCUCCAUUGAUAUGCGAGUAUUGCAGCCAUGCAUGCUGCCCAGUAAAGAGCCCCGUUGUGCGGUGUUGCAUAAUUUCCUCUUUGUUCCAGAAAUUGGCCCAGUGCAUUGCUGGACGGUGGUGUUGUCUUUACUAAUGCGGCCAGAUUCCAUGAGCGCGCAGCAGUAUUGUAUCACUCAUCGCUGGAGUGCUGGAGCACUUUUGUUCCCGCUAAAAAUUCCCGGGCAUUGGCAGCGGCAAACGAUGGUACCGUUUCAAAUGAACGACGGAUUACCUCCACUAAUGCCAGCACUCUGUGCUGACAGCAUAUGAAUCUUGAUCGGCAAGGCCCAGCAGCUCAGUCUUUUGUUAAAAUAUUUUCCAAGUUCGGUUACCCUUGCCAUGAAUAACGGCCCAGUUCCAAAGUUCUGAUUUCAAGCACCCGAAUAUACAAUCAAGGUCUGCGGUACUGGGAACCCCGGCAGCAAAUGGUUAAUGCGAUCAUGUAUUAAUCAUCUUGUAACGAUAUUUACUGGUGUUUUGCAAGACAUUUUCAAUGGCCUACCUUUGCACUGCAAAUUUUUACACUGUACCUGUAUACACAGAAACUUUUAGAAUACACCAUGUCUGUGGUGAAAACCGAUAUAGUUUAAUAUAUAAUGUGUGAUGUGAUGUUAUGUAUAUAGUGUAUUGUACAUGUGGUACAUGUUGUUGGUUACAUUCUGUGAUUGUAAUAUAAAUAUGCGACUUAACACCCGUCUUAGACAACUCCUAUCUCCAAUAUUGAAAAUUACCUUAGUUGAGCCAAAGCACUGUAGAUGCACACUUGUCCAAGCAUCAUUCUGUUAGAGGUUAGCAAGCCAUUAUUUGUGACUAGAUCAACCGUCUCUCUAAAUGAGGGAACCUCCUCUCUCCAAAUGAGGGAACCUCCUACCUCCAGAUUGAAUCCAAUAUGCCAGUGCAUUUCAUUUGCUUUUGCCAGUGCCACUGUGUGAUCCCUUGGCAUAUUUAAAGCUGUGGAGAGCAAACACACUUGUUCCACUUUAACGAGGUGAAGACCUGCCUACACACACUUGUUUCCAAGUGAUUGGACAACACACGUUGAACCAUAGUUAAUACUGGGACAUAUUGUUAUGGAGGCAGUUGGUGUCCUUGCAACUCGGACCCAAAUUUCCCAAUAAAAUAUAAGUUUUCUCAGCCUAGGACAAGUCAGGGCAUGAUACAGUAAACAAAAUUUCAAUUCUUACACGGAUUAGGAGGGAUAGCCAUGUGUGUGAUACAUGUGUAGUAUACAUGUACAUCAAAUAUGAAUCAGCCUUUUCUCUUUUGUUUUUCUUGUAAACUCUGGUACAGAUCUACAUGUACCUUUUAAAUGUGAACGCAAUGUGUAGAUAUGCCAUUGUUAAUAAUGUAUAAACACAGACACAAACCACUCUUCAAUUUUUGUGCAAUAAAAAUGAAAAAUAUUUUUUUGUACUGUACAUAGUGCACUUUAUUUCGGCUGUGUAGAUUGACAAAAAAAAUUGAGAAUUUUGUCUGUGGCCUUUACCGCUUGAUAACACAGCACAAAAAAUGAAAUGGUGUCCGUGAGCUAAUUAGUUUAAUUGAAUUAUUUUGUGGUACAUUUGCCAACUGUGUAUAGUGGCAGAUCCAAUCACGUGUAAACACACAUGUACAUGAAGAAAUAAAAGAUACCCUUUGUGGAAAAGACUGCAUUUGGACAACAGGUUCUUCACAUUUCCACCUGUAGCUCCAUCUUGUAUCGAAUUUAUUCCACUUGCUGUUGUUUUAUGCAUAAACUGAAGUCGUAUUUAUCCUGUCUUCAAAGUUUAGACUUUCAAAUGCACAUCAGAAAACCAAUGGUAAACAGUUCAUGUAAAAAUGUAGUUGUCAUUGUCAUUCUUACAACAAACAAAUUAUCCUCUUGAUAUAAUUACUAUACUUACUGUAUUUACAAACCUUUACCGUUCUUCGCAUAAUGGAAGUGAAAAAUUAUUGUCAACUGUUGUCACUCGCUAAUUUUUUACGGGCUGAAUAAACAGUUCUGCCAGGAAGUACAA